UGGUAAAUGGCAACCAUUCUAUUUCGUAACAAAUCGGGUAUCGUUCUAUUUGGAGUUGUUUUUGAAUGUAUUAAAUUAUUUACAAAAUGACAGAAGUGAAAAAAGACGACGUUGUUAAAAUUCUACACACUUAUCCACUUUGCAGAAAAUGUGACAUGUCGGAUGAAAUGAAACAAGAAGCAAUGGAAUUAUGCGUGACUGCUGCAGAAAAGUAUGCCGAUAAUUAUGAGAGCGUAUCUCGGAUGAUCAAAGAAACGAUGGAUAAAAAGUUUGGAGCUUCUUGGCAUACCGUUGUUGGCGAAGGUUAUGGAUUUGAGAUAACGUAUCAAUUGAAACAUUUAUUAUACAUGUAUUGUGCUGGUAACUUAGCAAUAUGCAUUUGGAAAUCUGCAUAAUUUGAUUUGUCCAAAGAGACAAAAGAAGAAGUCACUUUUUAUGAAAUCUGCAAAAUCUUCAUUUAUGAUUUGUGCAUUUUAUUAAUGUUAAUAAUGCAUUAGCUGAAAUGCAAUAUAAUUAAUUAAUCUAGUCUGUACAAUAUUUUGAAGAACAUCGUGCUGCUCAUAUAAAACAAAUAUACGAAAAUCAAAAUACCAUGAAAGUAUAACACUAUUGAAUAAUACUUACAAUUUAUAUUUACGUAUAUAUAUAUGUAAUGAAAAGACAUGUGUGCUCUGUGUAUAUAGUUAUUAAGAA